CCCACCACGCAGACUAUCGUGGGCUGUGUUUCCAAACCCAUUGAGACCCCUACUUAGAAAACAUUCUUGGAAUGCAGAAGAACGCGUCGCGUUUUGGGGCAUUAGGGGCGCGCGAUGCGUUUUGAGCUUUGCCAAAGUGCGCAAAGCAUCACCGGCCAAGAAACGUUGCGCGCUCUCGUGACGCUCUUUAGGUAGGCUGCUCCUGAGGUUUGGAGACACAGCCCUUGCGUUCAAAGAGCCUUGUUCUGGACACCGCUGCUCAGUCUGACAGCCACGUCUCAUCGAUCAAGAACUGAUCGAUACAAGUCUAUCGGAAAGUAAGCAGAGAAUUUUCAGCAUGGAUCAAUGCGCGGAUAGAAAUGUGGAAAAACAAAGCGCGCCGAAGCCGGUUUAUUUGCGCUAUUUAGUGUCUUUUCCCAACAUUUUGUGUUUCGUCUUGUCGUUGAGUUCAAUCGCGGUGUGUUUUCUGAUGACUUUUAAAACGCAUCAAAUGGAGAGCCGACUGCAAGAGCUGGAGAUAAAGUUGAGUGACAUCUGUCAGGAAUCAUCUGUCGGCCGGGAUCUGCGGAGCUCUCUUGAAACUCUCUUACAAGAGAGGCUGAAUGAAGCCGUGCCGAAAUUGCGUAUGGCCAGAGACGUGACACAAGACUGCAACUGUCCUCCAGGUCCUCCUGGGAAACGUGGAAGAAGAGGUGACCCUGGACCCCCAGGCAAGCAUGGGCGAGACGGUUACCCGGGUCCACUUGGUCUGGAUGGCAAACCUGGUCCUCCUGGACCUAAAGGAAGCCAGGGGCUGCCGGGACCGAAAGGAGAUAAGGGUGACCAGGGAGACACCGGGCCAAGGAUGGUCUUCCCCCGCUAUGAUCACGGUUACAUCUCAGCCGAUCAGCCCAGUUUCCAGCGGCGUAUGAUGAAGGGUGAUCAAGGACAAGCCGGGCCAGCUGGACCUCCAGGCCCACCUGGAGCACCUGGACCAAGAGGCCCCCCGGGGAACACUGGGAAGGAUGGCCCGCGGGGCCCAACCGGAGAUCAAGGUGCUCCUGGACAAAAUGGAAUCGAGGGGCCGAGAGGUUUACCAGGAAAACCAGGUGAAGUUGGCGAACAAGGUUACCUAGGACCACAGGGACCCCCGGGGUCAAAGGGUGAGCAGGGCGAGACGGGUCCUCAGGGUGACAGAGGGACAGACGGUCUGCCAGGUUUGAAGGGAGAUAAGGGAGAUGUUGGAGUGCAGGGAGAUAAGGGAGAUGUUGGAGAACAAGGACCCAAGGGUGAAAUAGGUGGUCCUGGUGAGAAGGGCACAUCAGCUUCCAGUGACAUCAUCGACUUCAAUGGCAAACUCUUAGAUGCGUUUCAGGCCAUUAAAACCAUCAGUGUCUCGGGACCACCCGGCCCCCCGGGACCACCAGGAAAAGAAGGGCCAAAGGGUGAGCUUGGUUUGCCUGGGCCUGCUGGGCUUGAUGGUGAAAUGGGAGAUAAAGGAGAGACAGGAGAGCGCGGUGUAGCUGGAGAGAGGGGGGAGAAAGGAGAAAUGGGUCUCUCUGGUCCUUCUGGAAUGGACGGGCAGAAAGGAGAGAAAGGAGAUUCUAUACUAGAGGACAACCUGGUUCAGAUGAUAUCACAACCAGGACCACCAGGACCUCCUGGAUCACCAGGACCUCCAGGAUACAUGGGUCAUCGUGGCAUGCCAGGCCCCAAAGGUGAUCCGGGGGAAAAUGUUAAAGGAGAGAAGGGAGAGAUGGGCACUCUGGGAAUUCAAGGCCCCCAGGGUCCUCAGGGUCCUCCAGGGGCAACAGGAUUAGUUGGCUUGCCUGGCACCAAAGGUGAAAAGGGAAAACAGGGAGAACCUGGAUUAGAUGGUUUUCCUGGCAUUAAAGGAGACAGGGGCGUGCGUUCGGAGAGAGGAGAAAAGGGGGAUCGUGGUCCCGUUGGAAAGAGGGGCCUCAAAGGAAAGAAGGGAGAACAGGGACCUCCAGGUCUGGACCAGCCCUGUCCUGUGGGAUCUGAAGGAUGUAAAAAAGAGCCAGUGGAAACAGGGCAGCUGGUCUCAGAGAACCCCUGUCCACUGGGUCCAGAUGGACUUCCAAUACCAGGCUGUUGGCACAAGUGAUGCGUGACCUGCAGCAUGUCGUCUGUACAUAUUGAUGUGAUAUAUAUUGCAAUUUCAUACAGCUUCCUUAUUUUUACAUUUUUAUAAAGACUGUGAUGAACUUUCAUCAGUAUUACAUUUUUAUCAAUCUUUUUAUACCCGACAUUUGAACCAAAGAAUGGAUGCUGGUUUUUGGCAUCGAUUGGAGUAAAACAAUCCAAAUAUUUUUCAAGGAGCUUUCUUGUGUGAUUGUGCUGGAGGACUGUUGCAUGCUGCACUGAACCGCUCAACCAGUUCUGCAACACCCUUCACAUCACUCCAUUUGUUUUGAAGGAACAGGGAAUGCUUCAGAAACUCAAGAGAAAGCAUCUCUCCCAGCCGUGACGUUCUUCCAAAUCCAGAGGAAUUAAAAAUGACUCAACAGUCCCUUAAUGGUCAGAAUCUCAAUAAUAUCAGUUAAUAUUGACUCUCCUCGGUGUGCAGGUCAAACAAGGGUUCAAACUCCCCUCAGUAAAGUCAGUAUUUUUCUGGAGGAGCAUAAAUGAGCUUUUAGAGAUGAUGAGAGAUGGAGGAUUGGCCUCAUGGAUGCGGCUGCUCUGUAGGACGGCUGCAGCGACACAGGAGGUUGUGAGAUGGAAAUGAUAGAGAACAGCUCAUUAUUGUGAGAAUAUUGUUGAACAGUAAUUUAUGAUUUAUUUCGUGUGUUACUGUUAUGCUUGGAUUAUUUCUUUGCUUUAUUCAUGUUUUGUAGUAAUAUAAGCAAGAACACAAAGAAAGCAUCAGGUAUUGAGUACUAAAUACCAACUUUUGGAUGGCAAGCAUUUACACACUAUUGCCAGAGAAUAUAAUCAUUGACAGUUAAAGGAAGUAUUACAAAUCAUUACAUCUGUCUGUUUAUUUUUUAUUUCUUUAAUACUACUGCAUAUACAUUAAGAUAUAUUUUGUUAGUGGAUAUGUGUUGAUACUUUGUUUGAGAUACAUUAACUGUGACUACCUGAAUUUUAUUUGACGUCACAUUUUUUUUAUACAUAUUCUAUAUUUUUGUUUAUAGUAAUUUAUGGUUUGUACUCUUGCUUUUUGAAGAUGGUCUGACCUGAAGGUGCUUUCGUGAGUUUAAAAAGGGGCCGUUUUUUAAAGCUGAGGAAGUUUUAGGGCUCCACGAUCUUUCAUAGCGUGAAAGCAAAGAAAGAUAACACUUUGUUUGACAAUUUCAUUUACUUUAAUAACUUCGUUUGGAGUUCAGAGAUUUAACACAGACAUUCAGAUUAAAUGUUGAUUUUGAAGUUUUAGCAUGUUUAGCAUACAUUUCCAUUGUUAUGGCAAAUCCUCUUUCAGGGAUUUUAAAACCAUUCUACAUAAGCUCUUCUCAAAUAUUUAUUGUUAACCAUCAAAUAACCUGACAUCAGUUUAUAUAACAGUUCUUAUAUUUGUAACAUAUAUAUGUUACCACACAUAAUACAUUAGGAUUUCUAUGGCAUUAUUUGGUAGACAAAUGCUUCACAUUAAAGUGAAAUAAAGAAGUCUUGAUUGACCAAUAAAUAGCAUUAGGAUGCUUUCGAAAAAAACAAAAAGAAUCGGAGGAAAAUUCCAGAAUGUGUUACUGUAUAGUUUUUCUUUUUCUUUGAGUUUCAUUGCAGUGUUUAUUCAACACAAAGAAUGUUUUCCUUUAAAGAUAUUGAAAGAUUUUGCUGCUGAGUUAUUGUGUUUUGAUAGUUGUUAUGGAAUAAGGAACAAUAUCCUUAUCUACUGCCUUACCCUGAUAGCCGUUUUUUGCUCCCUAAGAUGUGUUUUAUAAAACAGAUAAUAAAGUUUGUAACAAG